AUGAACAUUUUCAGAUUAGCAGGUGAUAUGACUCACCUCGCCAGUGUUCUCGUCUUGCUUCUCAAGAUCCACACCAUCAAAUCCUGCGCCGGUGUUUCACUGAAGACUCAAGAACUCUAUGUCAUUGUCUUUGCAACCCGAUACUUGGAUAUUCUUACGAGUUUCAUAUCGAUCUAUAACACGCUUAUGAAGUUGAUUUUCUUAGGAAGUUCAUUUUCGAUUGUUUGGUACAUGAGGUACCAUAAAGCUGUCCACAGGACUUAUGAUAGAGAGCAAGAUACUUUUCGUCAUUGGUUCCUUGUGCUUCCAUGCCUUCUCUUGGCUCUUCUGAUUCAUUCUAAGUUUGCCAUUCUUGAGGUCUUGUGGACUUUUUCACUGUACUUGGAGGCUGUUGCUAUACUUCCUCAGCUUGUUCUGUUGCAGAGGACUAGAAAUAUCGACAACUUGACAGGACAAUACAUUUUUCUCCUUGGGGGAUACCGGGGAUUCUACAUACUCAACUGGAUCUACCGCUACUUCACGGAACCACACUACGUUCAUUGGAUAACAUGGAUCUCUGGGCUCGUUCAAACAUUGCUGUACGCCGAUUUCUUCUACUAUUACUUCCUAAGCUGGAAAAACAAUAAAAAGCUGCAGCUACCAGCUUAG